CGGAAAGCCGCCGGGAGGGAGUAUAAAGGCGGCUGGCGGAGCGCGAGGGUCCGCAGAAGAGAAAGCGGGAAUGCCGGAAAGAGCCGCCAUGCCUCUGCACUGCCUCCUGUUGCUGCUGACCUGGCUGGGCACAGCCUCUGGGGCCGCCCACACCCCUGCCUGCAAGAUGAGGAUCACGGACAAGGGCCUCGCGCUGGUGAAGGAGGAGGGUCUGCGCUUCGUGGAGCAGGAGCUGGAGAGCAUCUCCGUUCCCGAUCUGCAUGGCAAGCAGGCCCAGUUCCACUACAACAUCAGCAACGUGAAGGUGACUCACCUGCAGCUGAACUUCUCGGAGCUCCGUUUCCAGCCGGAGCAAUUCCUGGCCUUCCGGAUCAACAACGGCUCCAUCGGGGUGCGGUUCCGGCGGCAGCUGCUCUACUGGUUCUUCCGUGGCCUGAAUCCCCCUCACCGGGUGAAGUCCAUCUCCAUGACCACCUUCACGGAGGGCGAGGUCCAGUUCCUCCAGUCCCGGGGAAACGAAGCCUGCCGGAAGAUCUGGUUGGGGUCUUUCGACUCGCGGUCGUCUCUGCUGCCGGAUUCUCUGGACCCUCAGAAAGUGAAGGAGUUCCUGCAGGAGAAAUACGAGAAGAAGCGAUGGUACGUGUCUCCUGACCAGGGCAAAAGCCUGGCGGCCCCCAGUGCCCAGGCCUCCCCUGCAGGAGCCAAGAUGGGCGCCAAGACCCCCCAGGCCACCCGCGUGGAGAGCUUCGCCCACGGGCUGUGCUUCAGCCACCGGCCGCUGGAGCCCGGGCAGCUCUUCCUGGUGGAGAUCGAGGAGAAGGAGGCGGGCUGGUGCGGCCACCUGCGCGUGGGGCUGACCGCCCACGACCCCGGCCGUCUGUCCGCCGUGCCCGAGUACUCGCUGCCGGACCUGGUCAACCUGGGCGACAGCUGGGUCUUCGCCAUCACCCGCCACCACAACCGCGUGGGCGAGGAGGCGCCGGCCGGCGGACUGGGGCCCCUCUGCGGGCCCCACCUGACCAUCGGGCAGGUCCGCAUCCCACGCGACAGGCUGGUGGGCCGGAGCCGUCCGGGCCGCUACAGCCACAUCCUGGACGAGCUCUACAAGGCCAACGUGCUGCCGCCCACGGCCCGCAAGAGCCGCAUCGGGGUGCUGUUCACGCCGCAGCCGGACGGGACGGCCCACAUGCACAUCGUCAUCAAUGGGGAAGACAUGGGGCCCAGCGCCAAGGGGCUGCCCGGCUCCCGACCCCUCUAUGCCGUGGUUGACGUCUUCGCCUCCACCAAGAGCGUCCGGAUCAUCCAGGUGGAAUACGGCUUCUUGGCUGUCCGAGUAGGAGUAGCCGACGCCAACGGGGGACUCCAGGUAGAGGAUGGCAUGUUCUUCCCUCUGCGGAACGAGAACGAGACCCUGCCCAACACAGCCCCGGAGCCCCUCCUGAGGGAGACGGAGCGGAUGGUCUACAUGGGGCUCUCCGAGUACUUCUUCGACUCCGCCCUCUUCUCCUACUACCGGGCGGGGGUCCUGAACAUGGAGUUUGCAGGGGACCAGGUGCCAAAGGAUUUGCAGGUUUUGCUGAGAGCCUCUUUCUUCGGAAGCAUCGUGCUGCUGAACCCCGAAGUGGUGGACGCACCCCUGACCUUAAAGCUGCAGGUGACCGAAGCCCCCCGCUGCACCAUCCGGACCUCUGGCACCUCUGUCUCCGUCUCCGCCCUGCUCAACAUCUUCCUGGCCCCCCUGAACCAGCCCCCCGUUCUGCUUUCCAGCCUGACGAUGGAAUCCCGCUUAAGUGCCAAGGUGGUCCUUCACGGCAAGGCUCUUCGGGUGCAGCUGGACCUCCGAAGGUUCCGGAUCUACUCCAACCAGUCAGCCCUUGAAUCCUUGGCACUCCUCCCGCUGCAAUCGCCCCUGAAGACCCUCCUGCAAAUGACCAUCAUGCCCUUCAUCAACGAGAAGACCAUGAAAGGGGUCCGGAUCCCCCUCCCCGAAGGCAUGGACUUCACCAAGGAGACCAUCAGGAGCCACUUGGGCUACCUCACCGUCGGAGCAGACCUGCACUUCAGCAAAGGGCUGCGAGAGGUCAUCGAGAAGCUCCGGGCCACACCGGGCCCUUCUCUGGCCUCCAGGGCUGCCUAGGGCCCCGGAUCCCGUCCCUCCCCUGGCCCCAACCUCACCCUGCCGGAGACGAAGGUCCUUGUAAGCCUCUGGGGCAGCUGAAUAAAGAGCUUCGCUGCCCGA